AAACAUUCGGGGACGUGCUGUUAAAGGAAACUAAUCAACUCCUCGGUGUCACAGUAAGGUCUCCUCCUCCUGAAGUUCCUUCACUGAGAGGAUUAUGACUGAUGGGAUCAUGUAAUACGGUGUUUAUGAAGAUGAUGAUGAUGUAGAACCACAUACAUACACACACACACACCUGCAGCAGCUUCACCCAUCCAUGUGUGUAACCGUCGGCGAGCUCCAGUAGAGUCAGCAUGCCCGACUUCGAUGUCAUCGUCCUGGGCACCGGGCUCAAGGAAUGCAUCCUGUCCUGCUUGUUGUCCAUCUGCGGGAAAAAGGUUCUUCACAUCGACCAGAACCCGUAUUAUGGAGGAGAGACCGCCUCCAUCUCACCUCUGGAGCAGCUCUAUAAGCAGUUCCAGGUUCCGGGACCUCCUAAAGGAAUGGGGCGCGGGAAAGAGUGGAACGUCGACCUCGUUCCAAAAUUCAUGCUGUCCAAUGGGCAGCUGGUGAAGAUGCUGAUGUUUACCGAGGUGACGCGGUACUUGGACUUCAAAGUCAUCGAGGGCAGUUACGUGUUCAAAGGUGGAAAAGUUCACAAAGUUCCCAUCACAGAGGCAGACGCCCACGCCUCAGAUCUGAUGGGCAUGUUUGAUAAGAGAAGGUUCCGGAAGCUGCUCCUCUUCAUCCUGAACUUUGACGAGCACGACCCCCGCACUCACCAGGACAUGGACCCGCACCGGACCACCAUGAGGGACGUGUUCCGCCAUUUUGAUUUGGGACUGGACGUGGUGGAGUUCGUUGGACACGCGCUGGCUCUGUACAGCACCGAUGAUUACCUGGACCAGCCGUGUCUGCAGACUAUCAAGCGUAUUCGGAUGUACUCGGAGUCAGUGGCGCGGUACGACCACAGUCCUUACCUUUAUCCGCUGUACGGACUCGGGGAGCUGCCUCAGGGCUUCGCCAGGCUGAGUGCUCAGCACGGAGGCACGUACAUGCUGAACCGCCACGUUGAUGACAUCGUCAUGGAGAACGGAACAGUGGUGGCGGUGAAAUCUCAAGGAGAGCUCUUCCGAUGUAAGCAGCUCCUGUGCGAUCCCAGCUACGCCCCUAACCGCGUGAAGAGAGUGGGCCGGGUCAUCAGGGUCAUCUGCCUGCUGAACCAUCCAAUCAAAAACACUCACGACGCCAACUCGUGCCAGAUCGUCAUCCCGCAGACGCAGGUGCACAGGAAAUCCGAUAUCUACGUAUGUUUGGUCUCCUCCACUCACAACGUGGCUCCUGAAGGGAAGUACAUCGCUGUAGUGAGCACAACCGUAGAGACGAGCAACCCGGAGAAGGAAGUGCAGCCGGGCCUGGCGCUGCUCGAACCCAUCAUGGAAAAGUUUGUCUCCAUUAGCAACCUCAUAGUGCCCACAGAUGACGGAAGGCGGAGUCAGGUUUUCGUGUCCCGCUCCUACGACGCCACCACACACUACAACAUGGAGUGUGAGGACAUUAAGGACAUUUUCCGCCGCAUGACAGGGACAGAGUUCAGCUUCGAAGAUUUCCGCAGAGAGUGUGAGGUCGACUCGGACGAUUAAAACUGCAGCGCACGCGCGCACAGACACGCGCACAGACACGCACGCGCACACACACGCAAUCUUUGAAACUGGUGUUAUAAUACAGCUCACAGUUGUAUAGCCUGGGUGAAACACUACAGGCAAGUGAAGAGAAGUGUGUAAAUAUUGUGUACAAUAAAAUAAACUGUA